AUGUCAACCAUCAUGAUCAGUCACCGCCAUGAAUUAUACGCACCACGAGCACGAACGUACCGCACAGCGAACAACGACAAGCCCAGAAGCAACAAGCACACGUCCUUGAAAAUCACAUAUCGUCUGGGGGAUAUUCCAUGGAGGGCAUACGUCACGCACAUCUCGGCAAUGAAUGGGUAUAUCAUCAUAUUGCAACCGUUACCAAGGUAUCCUAUGAGGGCCACUAUUACUUGGAAGCCGCUGGUGGCCGGUGACGCUACUGCAAUGGUGACUGCGGAAAAAUCAAUGCCGUUAUCGUUAGUCAGCAUAAUAUAA